CUAGGAGCCAAGCCUUAUUAUGCCUUUUCUAUUUAAAUUGAUGUAAUUCAUAUUAUAAAAGAUAAGAAAAAGCGAGAGUUUUUCUUCUCUCUACUUCUACAUAUUCUCUGCAGUUUUUACUACAUGGUAUCAAAGCCCUAGGUUUAGAACUAGGGAUGAUCUAUCGCGAAUCAAAGUCCGUGGAAGACGGCUUUAACUGGUGUGACCAGUAAGGACAUAGCGGCAUCAGGGGAAAGCACUGUGAAUUCGAAUAUGAGCUCCUCUAUCUCGUUCAGUGCUUUAGAGGAAUCUACUAAUUCACCCCAAGUGAAUAUCCACCGUCUAAAUGGAAAAAACUACACAAAAUGGUCUCAAAAUGUUCGUUUGAUCUUGGAAGGCAAAGAGAAGCUUGGAUAUCUGACAGGAGAAGUGAAAAAACCUGCGGAUGGAGAUCCAACUCUCAAGUCUUGGAAAUCAGAAAAUUCUUUGAUUAUUGUGUGGUUGGUGAAUUAAUGGAACCUGGCAAGUCAUUCAUGUUUCUGUCGAUGGCCAAAAAUGUUUGGCAAGCAGUCAAACAUUAUUCUGACCUGGAGAAUUCUUUGCAAAUUUUUGGUUUUAAAUCCAAACUUUGGCAUGCAAAAUGGGGUGACCAGAUGUAAGCUACUACUGCAACGAAUUAAUGACUUUGUGUCAGGAGUUAGAUCUGUGUUAAGAUGAUGGUUGGGAGUGUACUAAUGAUAGUGUCUGGUUUAUGCAAAGACGAGAAUGAUUAUGUCUUCACAUUCUUGGCAGGACUUAACACGGAGUUAGAUGAGGUGCGAAGCCGAAUUUUAGGGAAAACUCCUCUACCAACAAUUGCUCAGGGUUUUCAAAAGGAGGUGAAGGAUGGUAACGCUCUGAACAGCCAUGGUGUGACCACUGCAAAUGCCCGCAGCACACACGGGAUACAAGCUGGAAAAUUCAUGGCAAGCCUCAAAGCAAGAAGAAGAAAUCUGGUGGAGUGGAGCGUGCACUUUAGGCUAGUGUCUUGGAUCAAAAGCAAUCUUCUUCAAAUUCGCUUCCUUUCACCAAGUAACAUAUACACUGUUAUACAAGCUCUUCUAAUCUCAGGAAAUUCCUUGUUCUUUAGCACAAAAAGGUAACCAGAAAAUUAAAAUUGCAGAUGGCUCUCUUUCUGCCAUUGCAGGAAUGGGUUCAGUUAUGGUGUCUCCAUCACUUACCCUUCAUGAUGUUCUUCAUGUUCCAUACUUUCUUGUAAUCUUUUGUCUGUUCAUAAGUUAGCCCAUGAUCAAAACUGUCAAAUUAAUUUUUUCCCAACUCAUUGUGUUUUAGGAUUUGACCUCAGGGAGGAUGAUUGGCAAUGCUAAACAGAGUGAGGACUCUAUCUCUUUGAGGAUGGAUCUAAAUUGAGGCAAAAAUCUCAACAAAAAUAGGAUGGGUCUAAAUUGAGGUAUCUUUCAUCUAGAUGGUGACGCGCAAUUAUGGUUUUUAAAGUUGGAAAGAGACCGACCUUGCUUGAGUUUAGAUGAUUUCAAGCAAUAAUGCAAUCUCAGAUUUGGCCUGCCUAUUCACAAUAAUAGAUUUGGACAAUUAGCAAAAGUAAAACAAGAUGGGACAAUCACGGAGUACCAGUGUUUGUUUGAGCAACUUGCAGCACGUGCAGACCCUCUAACUGCAGAACAGUCGAUGCAAUUAUUCAUUAGCGGUUUGCAAGAUUAUAUUGCAGUAGAGGUACAGAUUCAACAUCCAAAAUACCUUACUAGUGCAAUGAGUUUGGCCCGCUUGUAUGAGAGGCAGGGAGAAUGGCGAAAUAAUAGCCUUCCACCAAUGCAACGAAACAUCAAGUGCAUUUCCAAAGGAGGGAGUGAUGUUACAGUAUUCCAAUAUUUUACUAAUUAAUUUUCUAUUUAGCCAUUAUAGGUGAUGCUUAGAAUCAUUAAGUUUUCCUUAAUUGUCUUUCUUAAUAUUUUGCUAGUCAAUUUCCUAUUUAGUUAUUACAAGUAAAUCUUAGGAUCUUCCUUAUAUAAUUUUCCUUAAUUGUUUGCUCUUAAUUAUGGCAAGUAGGUUUAAGGGUUAGAGGCUAGCCUACCCUCUCUUAUAACUACUUAAAUGUCAUUUUCUUAUGGAAUAAGACAGGCAGAAAUUUCUUCAACGUUGUGAUCUCCUAAAGUUCAGAGAUCGUAAGGUUCUCUCUAAUGAGCACUAAACUAUAAUUGAACAUAGGUUGAAAAGGAAGAAAUUCUAACAAACACUCUUCACACUCUUUCGAUCCUUUGGUGAAUCAUAAACCUAUAACCUGAUCCCAAACGCAGAACCGUAACGUAGAAGGCACAAAAACAAUAAGAAAAUGGUAUUAAGAUUUACAUCUGGAUAAAAUUGGGAGUGUCAUUUAAGUAAGCUUAAUUAUUGUUAGUGGAAUGAGAACAAGAAUAUGAAAAGUAAAGAUUCAAAAAACUACAAGAUUCUAGUAGCUGCUCCAACACAUGGACUUCAUCACAAGAAAAAGAAAGAGAUGCUUCCAAUCCAAACAUAAAUAUACUUUUAAUUUGCAUUAGUCACCAAGCCAAUGUGUGUACAAGGCCUGGCACCUUUAGGCUCUACGACUUGGUUGGAGAUAACAAAGUAUGUCUGAAAAACAGUGCUUAUGCAUUGAUUCUUGAGCAUCAUAACAAAAUGCAAGUUUUGAUACUUACCAAAU